AUGGCUGCUAGAUUCAUUUGCUUAGGGUUCUUAUCCCUAUAUAACGAUCUAGUGGGAGCAUAUGCUGUACAAACACGAAAUUACGAUACAUCAUUUACCGGUCGUGAACGCGUGAGUCUCAAUACAGACUGGCGGUUCUGGCGAUCCGAGAAGAACCCGGAUGGGAUCACCUACGACAACCGCACCGAUACGCCUCAAGGGAAUGUCACAUACUUGAGACCAUGGAUUCUCCCAGGCGCCAACGAAUUCAUACAAGAUGUGUCGAAGCACUUUGAAGCCCCGACGACCCGCCCUAUCGUCAACAUUCCGUACAUACAAACCUCCUUCGACGACAGUUCUUGGGAGGAUGUUACGUUGCCGCAUGAUUGGGCAAUCAAAGGGCCCUACUACAUCGGAGACCCAACUCCUAUCACAGGUGGGAUGGCAAGGCUACCGUCGCAAGGAGUAGGGUAUUACCGAAAGAAGCUAUCAAUUUCUAAUGAAGAUGCGGGAAAGGUGAUCUACCUUGACGUCGAUGGUGCAAUGUCUUACGCUAUGGUUUGGCUCAAUGGUAAUUUGGUGGGCGGUUGGCCAUAUGGUUACAACUCAUUUCGUCUUGAUCUUACGCCUCACUUGCAGCCAGGCAACGAGAAUCAGUUGGUGGUCCGGCUCGACAAUCCCAUAGACUCUUCGAGAUGGUAUCCAGGUGCUGGUCUUUACCGAAAUGUCUGGUUGACUAAGGUCCAGCCGAUUCACGUUGCCAAUUGGGGGGCCCAUGUUUCGACACGAGAUGUAAGUGCAGAAGUUGCGACUGUCGACAUCUCAGUCCAUGUGGAAGCCAAAAACAAUGCGAGUCAAGAGGUUGAAGUUGCUACCGACAUAUAUAUCUACGAUGCAGAGGUGAAGAAGAUGGGAGAAAAGGUGGCGGAGUUUCCUAGGACAAGUCUAAUACUGUUCGGAAGCAAACAAUCCGCGAACGCUACAGUUGCAAUUGAGGACCCUCAACUGUGGGGACCUCCGCCAAACCAAAAGCCGAAUAUGUACGUCGCUGUUACCAGCCUGUUGAGCCACAACAGUAGUAUUCCAGUCGACACGUACGAGACACACUUCGGCAUCCGAUCGUUUACCUACAGUGGUGAAGAAGGGCUUUCCGUUAACGGAGAACGCCUACGAAUCCAAGGCGUAGACCAACACUGCCAUGACCUUGGAGCUCUCGGGAGCGCGUGGAACGAUCGUGCAGCUAAACGCCAAUUGGAGGCUCUGCGAGAACUCGGAGUAAAUGCUAUCCGUAUGGCGCAUAAUCCACCGGCAACAGAGCUACUCGAUAUGACGGACCGCAUGGGCUUUGUAGUCAUGGACGAAAUCUUCGAUAGUUGGGAACAAAAGAAGACAGACAAUGAUUUCCACCUUAUUUUUCCCGAGUGGCACGAAGCUGAUCUUCGGUCCUUUAUCCGAAGGGAUCGUAACCACCCUUCCAUUUAUUCUUGGAGCGUAGGCAACGAAGUCGGCGAGCAAACAUGCUGCGGAGACCGAGGCUACGAGAUAGGUCGCCUACUGAACGACAUUGUCAAAUCUGAAGACCCUACCCGACCCGUCACAGCAUCCAUGAACGUAGCGAAACCAAACAUGACCUUCCCUGAGGCCUUCGACAUCCUGAGCUUGAACUACCAAGGAGAAGGUAUCCGCGAUACACCUCAGUACUCUUUCACAAACGGCACACGGACCCCACCGCAGUACAAACCCUUCCACGAUGCCUUUCCGGAAAAACUGAUAGCAGAAAGCGAAUCUGCGGCUGCACUAAGCUCUCGAGGUACCUAUCUCUUUCCCGUCACAGACCUCAAUAGCGCCCCCGUGAACGACACAAAUGGCGGCGGAAACUCGUCUCUCUACUAUGUUUCCGCCUACGAGCUUCAUACUGCAAACUUUGGUUCCUCGGCAGACAAGGUAUUUGCCGCACAAGACGCGAAUCCCUUUGUCGCCGGCGAAUUCGUAUGGUCAGGCUGGGACUACCUAGGCGAGCCGGAGCCGUACUACGACGCUCGCAGUUCCUAUUUUGGUGUUAUUGACCUUGCUGGAUUUCCAAAGGAUCGGUAUUAUCUGUAUCAGGCAAGGUGGCGACCAGAUGUUAAAAUCGCACAUAUAGUACCGCAGCAUUGGAAUUGGGCUGAGAGAGUGGGCACGGUGACGCCUGUGCAUGUGUUUACAAAUGCUGAGGAGGCUGAGCUAUGGGUGAAUGGUGUGUCUCAAGGGAGGAAAAGCCUCAGUGCGUCCGAGUAUAGGGCUAGGUGGGAUGAUGUUGUGUUUCAGCCUGGUGAGGUCAAAGUGGUAACGUACAAGGGUGGCGAGGAAUGGGCGACGGAAAGUGUCAGCACAACUGGGCCACCGGCCGCAUUAAGGCUUACGGUUGAUCGAGAUGAGAUUUCGGCUGACGGGCUGGACCUUUCUUUCGUUACGUUGGAAGUGGUGGAUGGUGAAGGGAAUGUUGUGCGCAAUGCUCACCACACAAUUGACUUCGCAAUCGAAGGGCCGGGAGAGAUUGCUGCUACGGACAAUGGGUUCCAAGCAGAUUUUAUUCCGUUCCAGUCUCUGCAGAGAGAUUCAUUCAACGGACUAGCAUUGGCUAUCGUGAAGGCGAGGAAGGGAAAACCAGGUUCUCUGACAAUCACGGCUAUGGCAGAGGGUCUAGAGGUGGGAACUGUCACCAUCACCACAAAAGACUAG